AGCGCUGUUCUGAAGAUGGCGGAGCGCGCCGGUGCCGGCGGUGGCAGCGGCGGCAGCGGUAGCGGCAGCGGCAGCGGCAGCGGUAGCACAUCCCUCAGGGGGAUGCGGGAGCGGAUGGUUGCUGCUGCUACCGCCAUAGCAGAAGAAAGACGGAAUAUGAGUGGUCAUAGUUCUCUCCUAUCCCAGACUUCAAACACAAGAUCAACAGUGAAACCAGUGAUAGAUGGAUCUGUCCUCAAGAAUGACCUGAGACAGCGGUUGGCCAAGGAGCGAAGGGAAGAAAAAAGAAGACAGGAAGAUGCUAUUAAAGAAAGUCAACUACUUGAAAAGGAGAGAAAGGCCAAGCUCCUGUAUGAAAAGCAGAUAGAAGAGAAACAGCGCAGAUUGAAAGAACAGAAAGAAAAGGAUGAACAGAGGAGGAUAUCGGCAGAAGAAAAGAGGAAACAAAAACUAGAUGAAGAAAGGGAAAAAUUCAGGGCAGUUCUGCAUCGUACACAGGAGCGCAGCACCCGUAUUGAUAACCGUCAAAAAAGGUGGUCAUGGGAAGGAUCUCUGUCAGUAUACUCUGAAAGCAAAGCCGGUAAUAAAUACAAUGCAUCCACCGAGAAACCCGAACAGGGCACUUCCGGUUUGCACAAACAGACACCAGCAUCAGCUUCUGGCCUACAGCACUCAGUUGGCAAAAAAAAGACUUGUAAGAGAAGUUCCCCUUUAACUAGAAGACACAACAAACAACAUUCAUCUACAGAUACAGAACAAGUGGAAGAAAAUGCACCUGCUCAGCACUCCAGCACCCUUCAGGAGAAUAGUUUAAUUUCUCGCUUGCUGACUCCCACCGAAUCCUCCAUGGCUAGGAGCAAAAGUACUGCAACACUGUCAGGCCCAGGAAAAGAUACUUCAGGACCCUCAACUUCUGUAAUAAAGUACGUAACUAUGCCUGUGCAUAGCUUUAGUAGUGAAGACUUGAAGAAUGCUUUUGCACCAUACAAAUAUGCUGCUGUAUCUCUACCUGCCUCAAAGAAAAUAGAAAGUCCUUCUGAGGUGAACCUGGCUUUCCCUACUGAGGCUGGUACAGAAGCAUCCCCCAAGACCACCAUGGAGCCCUCCCCUGGGGUGAGCCGUGAAGCGCACCUGGAGGCAAAUCUGGAGGAGUUCCUUAAAACCAAUACAGCAGCAGCCGCCGAAGCAAGCCAAGAUGUCUUCCCGGGGCCUAGUUCAGAAGCAUUUCCUAUCAUCUGGGAUUCAUCCCCUGAGGUGAGCGUGGAUCCAUCCCCGGAAGUAAGCUUGGACUCUUCCCCAGAUGUAAGCGUGAACCCAUCCCCUGAGGUGAGCAUGGAUUCCACAAGCCUUGACACAUCCCCUGAUUUGAGUUUGGAGGCAUCAUCUGAGAGUGUGGAAGCAUCCCCCAAGCCGAGUAUGGAAACCUUGUUUGAUGAGGCAGGUUUGGAAGUGCUCCCUGAAGUAAGUGUGGAGGGGUCUCCCAAGACAUCACCUGAGGCCUCCACCGAGGUGAGCUUGGACACAUCUUCCAAAGUGAAAGGGAAAGAGCCUCCACAGACAUCAAUAAUGAAAAAGAAGAUCUCCAGUCCUGCUACCAGGAAGCGCUCAUCUUCAGAAAUUCCAAGUCAUAGGUGGCCCUCUUCUGCGAGUGGGUGGUGUCUACCCUCCACCUCCAGGGUGAGGAAAGAGAAAGAUACCGCAUAUAAAGAAGCUGAGGGCCAAGAAGCAGAGUUCUCAAAAUCUGAGGAUGGGCAACAGCAGGAAGAGCUUAAAUCUAAGAAGAAAGGCUGUCGAGAUCAAGGAGUGUUGCUUCAGAAAAGAAAAACCAAAAUCAGAUUUCAAGAGGAGGCUGACCAAUGUAACAUAGAACAGGAGCGUAUUAUGCUACAGAAUUUGAAGGAGAGAUUGGAAAGAAAAAAGAGAAUUGAGGAAAUUAUGAAGCGGACACGAAAGACAGAUUGGAAUGCCUCCAAGGCUGCAGAAACUUCCAGCAAGAAAACCUACGAGGCCGACGAGGCCGAUGAUGAAGACGAGUCAGAGAGUGACAAGGAUGACGUGGCUCUCUCAGCCCUCGUGAACGACAUGGAGUUGUCUACAAAACCUAAAACACAGCCCAAAACUGUGAAGAAGCAUCUUACCAAGCUGGUGUUUCUAGACCCUACCUCUAGCCAAAUUCAGACGGACACUAACGUCUAUUUUAACGGUGAUUUGAAAUCCAUCAGACAGAGGAUCGAGAAAGAACCUUCGAAGCCAGUAAAGGGGACAAAAGGAACCAGAACACACACCAAAAAAACCACCAGCCGAACCACAAAAACCAAAAAGGCAAGCGAAAGCAGCACAGCUGGGACCUCCAAGAGCUCACAGUCCGACCAGCAGGAGUGGGUCUGUGACACUGUUGUGGACAUGACAAGUGUUGCAGAACCAUCUACAUCUGGCAGUCAGCCUGAGGCCCAAAGCCAAAAGCCGGUUUGGAGAUUUCCCGCAGCAAUUCACAAGAAUCCCCAAGCCCGGCUCGAAAGGCUGAAUCAAUCUGUCUCUUCUCAACAGGAUGAGUAAAGUAAGCCUCGAAGCACUCGGAAGAAUAUCUCCGUUCUGGAUUCCAGCCACCAGAUUCAACUUCCACUUGAUUCAACUUUCCAUCUCCAACUUCAACUUGACAACAAUAGUGACCAUUCAGAAGCAAAGGAAAACAAAAAGUCACCUCAACCUGACAUGUCAACAUGCUCCUGUCACCUUGCAUCUUGCCCAUAAGCAAGGGCCCUAAGUAAAACAUCACUUUGGUUUUCCUGGAAAAAUCUCCUUUGUCUUAUUCUUGGGUUUCCUGCCCAACAUAUGUGAAUUAUGCAUCAAGGGUAUAUUUAUAAAAUGGUAACUCUUAGAUCUUGGAAGGAAUCAGUACCAAAGGAAUACUUUCUACUCAGUGUUUAUUUUGAAGUGUUUUAUUCUAUUUAAUGACUUAGCAAUUAGAGGCUCACUUUAGCUCUCCAGAGAAAACACAAUGGCCCAAAGGACUUUGCUGGGUUUCUAAUAUCUAAAAUACCAAAGCUUACAAAUUACAGUGAAUUUUGUUUUAUGUUAUGUACGGUUUUAAUGCUGCCUCAGUCGGUCAGUCCAGUGCACAGGCCCCCAAUUGUGGGGUGUCCCGAAAAACAUCUUUGAGAACAGCUCACCCUCCUUGCCUGCCGGUGUUGCCUUUCAAAAGUACAUAUUGAUGUACACUGAGCGGUGCUGGGCUGUUUGCUGAGGUGUAUUUAAUUCCUCUAAAUCUUGACUGUAUCUUUCUGCUUGUGCUUUCCCAUCAGUCCUGCUUUCAGUUAACUCCCUCAAGCUUGAAAUAGGGAUCCAGAACGGGCUGGUCUUUCUCUAGUCACUGGCUGCAAGUGAGCAUAGGGACAGCCAUCUGUCUUGUGCACACGGGCAUGCACAUUCCCAGAAUAUCUGUUUCCUGGGGUCGCUUCUUGGGUAUCACCUUAAACUGAACACUCAGAAAAACUGACCUGUCCUGAUGCUAAACAGUGUUCUGAUGAAUCUCAAAAGAGUCUGAAGCAGGCCCGUGUUUCUUUCUAGUUAUGUUCUAGUCUUGUGUUUUGUUAAAGGAAGUCAUUAUUUCUGACUGCCUGGCUCUUUGCUAUUCAGAAGACUGCACUUUUGUCCUAGAUUAGAGUCUGCUAUCUUGGAUUUUAAAAACUAUUUUUAUACACUAACUCUUAUAUCAAAGGUAGAAAUUGUCCUCAUAAAUGAGUUUCUGAUCCUUUUUUGGGGCAUAAAUGUUACAUGUUUAAAGAUGCCAUAUUUGUUCCACAUAUAUGUUUACUCUCAAAAAUAAACUUUGCAGUUAAAAC